AGGAGGUCCACAAGAACCUGACGGAGCUGACCCGCGAGCGCGACGAGGCGAAGGCCCGCGAGCAGGAGCUCCGCGCGCAGAAGGAGGCCGAGGAUGCCGCCAAGGCGGCCACCACGACGGCGGCACCCGGGGCGGCGGGGGAACAGGACCAGGCCAGCACGACUGCGGUGUCGCCCUCGGAGACUGGGGAGAUCCCCUACUUCGCCGAGUCCUUCGAGGCGCCCGGCGCACUGGAGGAGCGGUGGAUUGUCGCGGAGGGGGGCGGCGCCCGGGUGGUGGACGACCCCGAAGGUCGGCGCGGCAGGGUCCUGGCCUUCAGCUCCUGCACCUGGGGCGGGGACGUGUUCAGCCGGGAGACCUUCAGCUGCAGCAGCUCCAGCAAGUGCAGGAUAUCCUUCUGGGCCCGCGGCGCCCCCUGGCAGGGCUUCUCUGUCGUGGCCAGGCGCACGACGGAGCCCAGCGACGCGCACUCCUGGCUGGCCGUGCCCGGCUCGAACAAGGAGUUCGAGGAUCGCCUGUUGACCACGGACACCGCCACCGCUGGCGAGUGGGCCCUUUAUGAGUACGAAUUCCCCAGCAAGGACGAGUUCCAGAUGCUGGCCGCUCCGGGCGCGUCCUUCGAGAGCACCCCGGUGCACAUCAUGCUGCAGGCCCACGACUCCACCGGCCAGUGCUCUGACACGAUGGUCGACGACGUCAGGAUAUACAGAGGCGACUCCGUCAAGUUCAAGGAC